UAGAAACAAUGUUUUUCAUUUGCUUGGUCGUGGAUUCAGGGUUUAAGGGGCUGCUGGUUGAUCAAAAUCUAACGUUCCUUUAGGAUUUAUACGUGUUUGUUGCCCUUUUCUUCUUGAUAAACGGUCACAGUCUAGUUGAAGAUCUGUGAUGGCUGCAAAACGUAUUAGUAAGGAGCUAAAGGAUCUGCAGAAGGACCCUCCUGUUUCUUGCAGUGCUGGCCCUGUUGGACGAGACAUGUUUCAUUGGCAAGCAACAAUAAUUGGCCCACAGGAUAGCCUUUAUGCUGGGGGUUUGUUCUUGGUAAACAUACACUUCCCACCAGAUUACCCAUUUAAGCCACCAAAGGUAUCCUUCAAAACAAAGGUUUUCCAUCCUAACAUCAACAGCAAUGGAAGUAUAUGCCUUGAUAUUCUUAAAGAGCAGUGGAGCCCUGCUCUUACAGUUUCUAAGGUGCUAUUGUCAAUAUGCUCAUUGCUUACAGAUCCAAACCCAGAUGAUCCUCUUGUCCCUGAGAUUGCUCACAUGUACAAGACCGACAGAGCCAAGUAUGAGGCUACUGCUCGAACUUGGACUGAGAAAUAUGCCAGCUCUUAAUUUUCUUGUAAUCAAGAUGAAUAUAUACUUUAAUAAUUUUGAUUUUUCCAUCUAUUAUCUUAAUGAAUCUUUAUCCUUUUAUAUGAAUACAAGGGUUCUUAGAAUU